UGGUAACACUGAAAGUCAGAGUAAAGCUGAAGACUGAAGAGUCUGAACUCUGAAGGUGAAGAGAAAGGACAACGUGAUAGAUCUGCCGAAUAAUCGCUUUACUUUUGCACAAAAAUAACUAAAGGUUCUUACUAACUUCUUUAAAGGGAUUCUUUUCAGUCUAAAAUACAGGUGGUUUAUUGCGUGUAUAUAGAGGUAAAUGAUCAUAAUGGAACCGGCAUUAGAUAAAGCUGUUAAAAAUUACAAAGAAUGGGUACGAUGCAACUCGUGCUGGUCGAAAAUAGAGCAAAAGGAACCAACAAACUUUUACAUUACCCAGUGUGGACACGUCUACUGUGGUAGAUGCAUUGUGCAAGCUGAGAAAAGAUGCUUUCAAUGCGGGGAUAUAAACGUCAUAUCUUUACCUGUGAGAGAGCCUCUAAGCCCUCAAAUAGCUCAUUAUUUUAGUGAUGUUGAUGUUUUACGAGACAAAGCUGAGCAGGCAGAUAUUUUCCAGAAGAAUCAGAUAAAACUUUAUUUGCAAAGGGCUCAUGAAGUUGAAAAUAAAUAUCAGGCUUUAAAACAAGAAUACAUGGCUAAUGCUGAUCAUAUGAAAAAACUUCAUGAGAAAUAUAAUAAAUUGAAGAUGAUUACACUUAUGAUGCAAAAAGAAAACAAGAAGCUACUUUCCAAAAGUGGCGUUUACACUCCAACUCAGUAUCGAACUCCACCUGAUCAAGUAAAUCUGAACUCGAGCUACAAAAAUGAUGAAGGUUUUAGGGUACCAACGAUAACAAAGGUUCCUAAAUCUGCAGGCUAUUAUUCUGCUUCUUCUAGCGGUUCUAAUUUUUCAAACUAUCAGACAAUCACACCAAAAUCUAACUAUUCUCGUUAUUCAAAAUGAGUUAUUUUCAUAUCUAUAACUUGGAAUAAUUCUAUUUUCGUUUUUAAAUCAGACCAUCGUAAAAAGUUUUUCUUUUAUCCAAAUGAAUAUUUAUCUAUUGAUCAGUAAAUAUCCAUUCAUAGUUUUUGAAAUUUGAUAAUCAUGUAUUUUCAUUUUUAUUUUUGAUAAAGACCUUAGGAACUUGUAGAUCAAUGUUGAAUCAAUCUUUAUUUUUAAUUCUUUUUUUUCGUACAAAGAACUAAACUUAUGUAAAGCAAAGGUCAACUUAGCUCAAAACGAUCGUUCUUUUAGUAAUAAAGUGCCUAACAGCCAAUACAUAA